CCGCCCCAGCAAUGCUCUUCCUCCUCGCUGCCCCGCUCAGCCACACAGUGAAUGAGGCGGUCUCUGACCUGAGCAACCCCGACGUCUACAACAAGGACACCGGCAGCUCCUUCAGCCGUGCUGUGGAGGACACGACUGGUGUCAAGAUGUCGGCCAUCAUCUACGAGGAGGGCGGCUCGCUCAACGAGUCGCUCGCCAUGAUGUAUGACGCGCAGGAUCAGCUGACCGAGGCGUACAAGCAGGCCGCCCUCCCCUUCGUCAAGGCCUUUGCCGGCGACGCGCGGGCCGAGCAGGUCUCCCACCAGAUCGAUGUCCUUUCGGAGCGCAAUCGCGAGAUGACUAAGCCGUACGUGCAGCAGGGCAAGGUCGGGAUGGAGCACUCGCUGGACACGCUGCUGCACAACCUCAACGCCUUCACCGCCUCGCUCAAGGCGGCUAUGGCUGACCCGAAGACCGCCUACGCUGAGUGGAAGCAGAGCAAGACCGCCACCGAGCAGCCGCCCGCGCCUGCUUUCCUGGAGGUCGUCAGCUCCGCCGACUCUGCCCCCGCCAAGGCGCCUGAGGAGAAGUCAGCGCAGGCCAACAGCAAUGGCGCCUUCUUUGAGCACCAGUGGAUUCCGUUCAUGCAGACGGGCGUGCAGUCGGGCGCCGCCUUUGCUGCACAGGGCGCGGCCACAGGCUCGCACUUCUUCUCCGACCCCAACUUUGAUCUCAACAAGGAGGGCUCUGAGUUCCAGAAGACGGGAGUGCAGACGGCCAACGCCUUUGGCUCUCUGAUGCAGGCCAAGGAGGACGUGCCGGCAGCUCGCUCGGCCGAUGCGAUCUCGUACAACUGCAUGACCCGCGAGCUGUGGAGCAAGGAGAAGGCGGCCUGGUGCUGCGAGUACAAGAAGCUGGGCUGCCCGGAGACCGAGGCCAAGGCUCCCGCGGAGAAGGUCGGCUGGAUGCCGUUCGCGCAGACGGGCGCCGAGACGGGCGCCUCCUUCGCUGCCCAGGGCGCCAACACCGCCUUCCGCUUCUUCACGGAUCCCAACUUUGACUUCCAGAAGGAGGGCGAGGCGUACCAGGCAUCGUCCGCCGCCACUGCGGACAAGUUCGCCUCGAUCCAGUUCUCCGAGAACGCCACCGUCGGCGAUGCCGCCUCGUCCGCUGCCUCGUUCGUGGCCGCUAAGUACGCCGAGCACCAGGCCGCGGAGGAGGCCGCCAAGGAGGCUGCUGCGCCGCCCGCUGAGAAGGUCGGGUGGAUGCCGUUCGCGCAGACGGGCGCCGAGACGGGCGUGAACUUUGCCGCCCAGGGCGCCGACACCGCCUUCCGCUUCUUCUUUGACCCCAACUUUGACUUCCAGAAGGAGGGCGAGGCGUACCAGGCAUCGUCCGCCGCCACUGCGGACAAGUUCGCCUCGAUCCAGUUCUCCGAGAACGCCACCGUCGGCGAUGCCGCCUCGUCCGCUGCCUCGUUCGUGGCCGCUAAGUACGCCGAGCACCAGGCCGCCGAGGAGGCCGCCAAGGAGGAGGCUGCUGCGCCGCCCGCUGAGAAGGUCGGCUGGAUGCCGUUCGCGCAGACGGGCGCCGAGACGGGCGUGAACUUUGCCGCCCAGGGCGCCGACACCGCCUUCCGCUUCUUCACGGAUCCCAACUUUGACUUCCAGAAGGAGGGCGAGGCGUACCAGGCGUCGGGCAAGGCGACGCAGGAUCAGUUUGCUGCGAUUGACGGUGCUGCCGCCCCGGGCGCCCUGCGAGCGGACGCUGUGGCCGGUGACGCGCACAACAGCUCGUUCGUUGCCCACGUUGGUAUCAUCUCCUUCCUGGCUGUCAACGUGGCUGUCUUCGUCGCCCACCGGAUGAACCUGCGCCGCAAGGAGCGGGCUGUCAUCCGCCAGCUCGACGAGCUUGUUUGAUAAGACUUACUACUGCAGCUGCCCCUGCUCAUUUAUUGCGCGCUACAGGUACAGGUGACGUACAGUAGAGAGUUAGGUGGGCGUGUGACACGGAGCAGCUCUCUCGUUUUCGCGCGGGGGUGUCGCGCGCCGUGGAGGUACGCAUUCUCUCUCAGCGUGUGACAGUGUGUGCAUGUGCCAUGUAAUUACUCGUGUACGUGUGUUUAAGCGUAUCUGAUAUUCUGUGUAGAACUCAC